UAGUAAACAGGAAAAUUCUGACGGGCUCUUCGCCUUCCCCUCAAGAUACCCAGAAAAUGCCAGUGUAAAUCAUAAUACCUACGGUAUCAAUUAUACUUCUUUAUUUUUGCAACCUUUCCUUGAACCGGAUUUUUACUUUGUCCCGCUAUGGUCUUGAAAUUAAGCUAAUUAAAGACGCAAUUUUAACUUUCAAAUUUGAUCCACUAUGCGGCGCUGUUCCUUCAGCGUGAAGUUACCAAGACGUAACAGUACCAACUUUUAAUACAUGAGCUUUGACUCCCUGCUUCAAAUUACGUUGUUCAUCCAAUGAUUUUAAGAAAACUUUGGUGUUACAAUAGCACAGAUGUAUUUGUAGUCUAAAAUAUAUAUUUCAGAGUGAAAAUUAAAGAGGUCCAAAAAUGGACGAUAAAGAAAAACUACUGAUUCAUCCUUGGGACAGUUUGUCUACAAUAAACACGUUUGAUUUAGGCAAUGAUACAAGAUCUACGAUAUGCGUGGACAAUAACAGUAACCAGUCCAACAAACAAGUUGUGACUGUAGCUACACCAUCAACCAGUCUGUUGAUUGAAUCUCUUAUACAACAACUUUGUACAAUGUUCGAAGGCGAUAAAGUUCGUAGGAACAAAUUGUAUUUUGCAAUAUGCGAUAGACUUCAUGAUAUGGAAUUAAUCGAUAGCUCAUACAACUUGAUGGAAUUUGAAACUAUAAGAGGACAAUAUCAACAUGCACUGUAUCAUUUGGUUGCAGUUGCACGUGCAGCAACUGGUUGUGAAAGUCCGCUACACAUUUCUAGUUCGUUAAUAACUGACUGGUCUAGAUAUCACAGAGAGUUUCAAGAAAUAAGUUUCAUUGCUUCUGGAGGAUUUGGUAAUGUUUACAAAGCGCUGCACCGUCUGGAUGGUAUCGAGUACGCAGUGAAAAAAAUUGUGGUGCGUUCUGGGCGAGUUAAAAGCAUCAUGCAGCAUCUCGAAGAAGUGAAAACUAUUGCUAGAUUGAAUCACACCAACAUAAUUUCGUACAAAGGCGCGUGGAUCGAACCGUCGCUACCUUCAACUUUUUUACAAUGCUUACCAUCUUCGAGUCACUCUCCCAGCAAAAUAAAUUCUUUGGAUAAUAAAGGAAAAAACAGAUACAAGUCGUACACGAGUCAUAGCGUUACUACACAGAGUCAAUCGAAUAAUAUUACUAGUUCUAGUAGUCAGAGUAAAGAGGAGUUGGUUCCUAAUGAAAGUUACGAACAGGAUAAACUUUUAAUGCAGUGUGUUAAAAAGAAAAAUUACAAAUCUGGACGAAGAAUAAUCGAAGAAAAUUUUGGAGACGAUUGUAUGGAAAAAAAUUCAAAUAGUAUAUCUUUCAGGAGCGAUAGCAAGAAUGAAAAUAAUAAAACAGAGAAUAGUACGAAUUCCGACUCUAGCAAUUCAUUCGAAGAGUCCAAUAGCAACAACAAACUUUGUCCAUAUGUACCCCCAGUGGUGAAUUCUUUUAUUUUCAAGAAUGAACAGUAUGCAACAUUGUACAUCCAGAUGGCACUCUGUGAAAAAACUCUUCAGCAAUGGCUUGAUGAAAGGAGUGAGCUUCCUUCACAAGAAAUGAUCGUUACUAUUGUUACGCAAGUUCUUUGUGGGUUGGAUUAUAUACACUCGCAUGGAAUUGUACAUCAUGACAUAAAGCCAAGCAACAUAUUCAUAACAACGUCAAACCAUCUCCAAAUACAACUAGGUGAUUUUGGAUUGGCCUGUCCACUGCAGAGCGAAACUCAUCAUUCCAUUCUUGGUACACAUACCUAUGCUGCACCAGAGCAACUCCAAGGCAAAUGCGAUCCCAAAAGUGAUGUGUAUAGUCUGGGGAUAGUGCUUCUGGAGAUGUUAGUCCAUACAAAGACCCACAUGGAACGAGUAGAGAUAAUUGCAAAUUCAAAAAGGGGUCACUUGCCAAUGAUUCUGACUGCCACUUAUCCUAAAUGGGCACACAUAAUUAGUCAAUUAGUGCAAACAGAUCCUGAGAAACGACCAUCGACGAGUGAACUGUUGCAAAACUUUAACCAGGAUAAAGAUGUGACGAUAGCUCAGUUGAAAAGUGAUAUUUUAGAUAAAGACAAUAGAAUAGAAGAAUUGGAAAGGAGGAUAGCAAUGUUAGAAACACAAAUUGCUAAAUAUAAUAUACCGUUUGAUGACAGAUAAACUUUUGUGCGAAUCUAAACAAAUUUUUUAAGAAAAUUGAAUAGUAUUAUUUUUCUAAAAUAAAUUACAAAAUUGGAGGUGAGUGCAUUUGUUAUAUUAAUGUAUAAGACAUUUGUAAAUAUUUUUUGCAUUGUGUAUUUUAAUUUAAUUUUGUACAGUAUUAUAAAUAAAAGAUCUAUUCCUUCCUUUA